GCAAGAGGAAGCUCCGAACGGAAGCAAAGCAGAAAGGGAAAAAUCAACGCCGCCUUCAUCCUCUUCUCGCCCUCGCUUCUCUCUCAUCUCUCUCUCUCUCUCUCUCUCUCUCUCUUUCUCUCUCUACACUUCGCGACGAUGGCGAACAAGACCGCCAUCAACCUGAACGAGAAGAUCCCCCAGGAGGAGGAGGUGGACAACAACCCCGUCGAAACCCUAGAUCCCGCCGACCCCUCGCCGGACGCCCAGCCGGGCCGCCCGGCCAACGGCUCCGGCCUCCCCCCGCCGUCGUCCGGCCCCGGUGCCGCCGCGGACGAGCCGUCCAAGGAGGAGGACGGCGAAGUGAAGGAGGAGGCCGCCGCGGUCGACGCCGCCGCCGCCGAUCCUCCCGCGGACUCGCAGGCGGGGAAGGGCGGCGAGCUGGCCGACGACGUCCAGAAGAAGAUCCGCCGAGCGGAGAGGUUCGGUGUGCCGGUGCAGCGCUCCGAGCAAGAGAAGCGCAACUCCCGUGCUGAAAGGUUUGGCACAAAAUCUGGUCCAAACAAAUCUGAAGAACUGACUAAGUCGGAGGAGUUAAAGAGAAAGGCUAGGGCAGAGAGGUUUGGUGUCAUUGCAGCACCUGCUGAUGCUGAUGAGGACGCAAAAAAGAAAGCUCGUCUUGCCAGGUUCACAUCAGGCUCGAAAGUUGAUCCGGAGGAGGAAGAAAAGAGAAAAGCAAGGGCGAUCAGGUUUUCAAAUCCUCCAUUGGGGUCUCUGUCACAGGUCAAUGGCAAGGAAGCAAUUGCAGGCAAGGCCAGCGAGGGGUCUUGAGGAGCAAACUUCUAUAUAUUUUCCUUCUUCUUUUUUUCCUUUGCAUAGUAGAGUUCUCUAACUUACUCUUAUCUACCAGCAAUCUAUAAAGCCACGCUUGUUCCGGAUGCAUGAAUAUUCAGAACCAAGUUUAUGCUUAGUUGAGUAGCUGCACCAGGUCAUUGAACAGGAUUCUAAAGCAGGAGAAUAUUGGUCUGCAUUGGUCUUAAAUUCACCUUGUGGGGCCUCAAUGAUGAAACCUCCCUCCAUGUGUUAACAAAUCUUAAUCUUAUCAAGAUCAUCAGAAAUUCCUAUACAGCCCCAGUAAUCAGCAUUCUUUGUUGGAAUGUGUGUUUUGUGUGGACAUGAUUUUUUUUUCCCCUUUUGACUGAAUUGAAUGAUUUUCAUCUUAGAUAUUUUGGAUAGAAUAUUCCUUAGUGGGGUAUCUUGUGGCAUUUGUUGAUGUAGUAGAUUGUUAUUCAUUUGCUGAUGAAGUAGAUUUGACAGACGAGAAGAAACCUGAGCUCAGAAUUGCUGUCAGUUUUUUAAUCUUAGUCUGCCGGUGAAGGGGUUGAUGGCAAUGGCCCUUAGCUGUCAAUUCAGAUGUGUGCUUCAUUGCUUGUUGCCACAUGUUUGUUUCUCCUUGACUUGCUGUUAAGCAUAUGGAAAUGCUGUAGUUAUUAAGAUGUGAUGUGUGCAUUUUAUUUUAGAAUUCGUGAUUUUGAAACAGACUCUCAGUCUAGUCCAUGCUAAAAUUCCCCGAACAAGGUUUGGGCAUUUUUUUGGGUGGGUUUUGGGUUCUGUAUUUCAUGUUAGUACGUCUCGGGGGUCUUUUGCUGCUUCAUAUCAUGCACUUCAUGGGAUGAAUGCUUGUGAGAUCUGAUUGAUUUUACCAGUGGUGAAUAAUCUAGGCUGCAUCUCAAAAAGGUAUCAAGCAUUUCUUGUUUAUUGAGAGUCAGCAUUACUCUCUCUUGAUAGUGAGCGCAUUGUAGAUCUUGUUGGAAUGAGUUAAAGGUAGGAUUUUUUUUAUUUUUUAUUUUUGGUGCAAAACUCAAGUAGGACAUCUUAAAAUGUGGACAGUUUGGCAUAUAUGAUACAAAGAAAUGAAAUCUUUCAAUCAUGGCUGUGAAAUAGGAAUUUCUGAUAUACUUCUGUCUCUUGGGGAAAAGUUAGCAUGUGGAGGAGGUUUCUUGAUUUCUGCGGGGCUUCACUUGGUGGAUUGCAGUCUGUGAGGUAGGAUUGUCCAUUCGACUUGGGAUAAUUUGGCAUGUAAUGAUGUUUUGAGUUAUGAAACUUCUCUUUAGCGGUUAAUUAAGAUGAUAGUUAUUGUAAUUUUACUGUGAUAUUCGUUUUGUAUUGGAGUAAAUUGCUGGAUAUUGUUUUUCA